AUGGAUUCUAAGAAACAGUUAGAAAUUGCGGAGGACGUUAGCAAUCCUCAGACGCCAAGUCCCGAACUCAUUGUGCCAACCACACUCUCCUUUCACGCAGUCAAUCCAGUCGAUGUCCGAGUCGAAUAUUUGACAGUACAGAUCGACACGACACCUCCAAUAUGGCAGGCCUCCUUACAGCAAACGUGGAGACGUCUACUGCGACCGAAAUCCGAAACAUACGAUGAUAUAUCCUAUAAGACUAUACUUGAUAGCGUUGAUGCGCAUAUGCCGUCCUGUAGUCUAACUGCGAUCAUCGGAAGUAGCGGUUCGGGGAAGACGUCCUUGUUGAAUGUCAUGGCCGGGAGGAUGGAGUCUAGUAGACUGAAAACCUCCGGUUCAACAACAUUCAAUGGCGAUAGCAAUAUCGCGCAUACGCGUAGCUCCUAUGUGAUGCAGCAGGAUGUGCUUAUUCCAACCCUAACGGUGAGGGAGACUCUACAGUAUGCUGCUGACUUGCGUCUUCCCCCACCUAUAACGCAAGCCGAACGAAAAGUGAUCGUGGAACAGGUCAUACUAGAGCUGGGCUUGAAAGAAUGCGCAAAUACACGAAUCGGAAGUAGUGCUCAUAAAGGGUGCAGUGGAGGCGAGAAGAGACGGACUAGUAUUGGUGUGCAGAUGCUGGCCAAUCCAUCUGUAUUAUUUUGCGACGAGCCUACGACAGGACUCGAUGCCACGAGCGCAUACCAGAUUAUCAGGACUUUAAAAGGCCUUGCAAGCAAAGGUCGCACGGUUAUUGUCUCGAUUCAUGCGCCACGUUCUGAAAUCUGGAGUCUUUUCGACAAUGUUAUCCUGCUAUCUCGAGGUUCACCAUUGUACAGUGGUCCCGUAUCAGGAUCCUUGCCUCAUUUUUCCGAACUUGGGUAUAAAAUGCAGACCUUCGUCAACCCUGCCGAGUUUUUGAUCGAUCUGGCUGCCAUUGACAACCGUUCACCAGAACUAGAAGCUGCUUCGCUGAACCGAGUAAACUUUCUUCGAGAGUCAUGGCGAAGGAAAGAAAAGAGAGGAGGUGAUGAUGGAGCCGGAAGUCACCGCAUGACUGCACGGAACGAUACGGAUAUUGGAAUGGUUAAGAAGGUGCCUUUCAGUCGUGAAUUUAAUGUGCUUACAUCACGAACUUUCAAGACAACAGUCCGAGACCCUCUGGGCAUGGCAGGCACUAUAUUCGAAGCUGUUGGGAUGGCUGUUAUUACCGGUUGGAUAUUCUUGCAAUUGGAUAAGAGCCAGGCUGGGAUCCGCUCUCGUCAAGGGAGCUUAUACACGGCCAGUAGUCUCAAUGGAUACUUGGUUUUGACGUAUGAAACGUUCCGACUAACGAUCGACAUACAACUUUUUGACCGAGAGCGAAACGAAGGUGUUGUUACAGUGCCCGGGUUUCUCCUCAGUCGACGGGCUGCGCGAUUUCUCAUUGAGGACCUCCCGGCUCUAAUACUAUUUUCCAUUAUUUUCUACUUCAUGGUAGGAUACCGCGUGGAAGCUUCAGCUUUUUUCAUCUUCUUGAUCCUUUCGAUCCUGGUCCAUUAUAUCGCAGUAUCAUUUGCAGCUGUCGGGGUUAGCAUUGCCCGCAGCUUCUCUGGCGCCGGUCUCGUCGCUAAUCUUUCUUUCACCCUUCAAUCGUUUGCUUGUGGAUAUUUUGUGCAGUCAAAUCAGAUUCCCGUCUAUACAAGAUGGCUGAAAUGGACCGCUUAUACCUUUUAUGCGUUUGGUGCUUUAUGCACCAACGAGUUCAUGGGCAUAAACAGUCCUCCCUACGGCCAGUUUUACGAUUGCCCCUAUUCAACCGACCCUCUGGAUCCGGCGUGUAAACAGUACACGGGUGCAUACAUCGUUGAGAGCUUGGGGCUGCCGUCGAACUGGAUAUGGCGACCAUGUGUGAUUCUAGUAGCAUACGUGAUUGGAUUCUAUACACUCGCAGGGUUUUUGUUGCAAUACAACAAAUUUGCCAUGGGUAUUGCGCAGGUUCGCAGAUCUGAUGGCGAGGAACAAUCUAAGGAAGUCGCGGUAACUACGCGUCCGGCAGAGGAAAACAUUCGGCGCGUUGUUAUAGCGCUUGAAAAAUAUGCCCUCGAGAUCAAAAAGAGGGAUUAUCUCUGGAAACUGUCUCGCACGAUACCAAUUUUGCAGCCAAUUACCACAGAGUUCCAUCCCGGCCAGUUGAAUGUGAUAAUGGGUCCUUCCGGUAGUGGCAAAACGUCAUUGUUGAAUUCCAUUGCGCGAAGGCUUCAUGAGUCGAUGGGUACCAAGUACAAACUCAGGGGCACCAUGUCUUAUAAUGGCGCUAUUCCCAGUGAGAGUGUGAUUCGCUCCGUUACCUCUUUUGUCACGCAAGAUGACGAUGCGCUUAUGUCGUCGCUUACCGUGCGCGAGAGUCUUCGUUUUGCAGCAGGCCUUCGGCUUCCGAGGUGGAUGUCUAAGAAGGAAAAGAAUCGAAGAGCCGAGGAGAUCCUCAUGAAGAUGGGCUUAAAGGACUGCGCUGACAAUCUCAUUGGUAGCGACUUGGUCAAGGGCAUUAGCGGUGGAGAGAAGCGAAGGGUUACUAUUGCAAUACAGAUAUUGGCGGAUCCUAAGAUUUUACUUCUUGAUGAACCUACUUCUGGAUUGGAUGCGUUUACUGCCACGUCGAUCAUAGAAGUAUUGAAUGGUCUAGCUGCAGAGGGCCGAACCCUCAUCAUGACAAUCCAUCAGUCAAGGUCGGAUAUCUUCCCACAGUUUUCAAAUCUGCUACUUCUGGCUCGAGGAGGGUAUCCCGUCUACUCGGGCAGGGGAAGGAAUAUGAUUUCCUAUUUUGGCUCUUUGGGUUAUAAUUGUCCACCGCAGACCAGCCCGGCAGAUUUUGCUUUGGACCUUAUCACCGUUGAUUUACAACAAGAAAACCGCGAGGCAAUUACUCGCAAGAGGGUUCAACACCUGAUCACAGCGUGGCAGAGUAACGAUGCUGUUGUUACUCGACAAGCGUCCCAUAUCGCCACACCCGCUGAGCUGGGUAGCCUUAAAAAGCAAAUGCACCCGUUGCGUGUAACUUUUCCUCUGGUCCUUCAUCGCUCGACGAUCAACUUCUUCCGCCAACCUGACCUGAUCAUGGCACGUACAUCACAAAUAGUUGGCAUUGCGAUCAUUAUGGCACUGUUCUUUGCCCCCAUGAAAAAUAACUACGCAGCUGUACAAACUCGGAUGGGCUUUGUUCAAGAAUUUGCAGCGCUGUAUUUCAUCGGCAUGCUGCAAAACAUCGCUGUCUAUCCUCCUGAACGAGAUGUAUACUAUCGCGAAGAGGAGGAUCAUUGUUACUCUGCAGAGACAUUCAUAUUGUCCUACACUGUGCUGGAACUCCCCUUUGAAAUGUUCGCAUCUAUACUCUUCGGCGUCAUCGCAGCGUACGCAGUCAACAUGGAGCGGAGCGCACUAAUGCUCUUCGUCGCUGCAUUCAAUUGCUUCGCCAUCAUCAACGCCGGUGAGUCACUCGGAAUCAUGUUCUGCACGUUGUUCGACCACGUCGGAUUCUCCGUCAACGUUACUUCAGUCGUCUUAUCCAUAUCGACCAUCAUGGGGGGCGUCAUGUCUUUGAAUCUUAACAAUGUGCUUCAAGGCAUUAAUCAUAUCUCUCCCAUAAAAUAUGCGGUUGCGAAUUUGGCGCCGUAUUCUAUGCGCUAUCAGGUUUUUACUUGCACGGAUGCUGAGCGUCUACCGAAUGGGCAGUGCCCGAUUACAGCCGGAACGCAGGUGUUGGACUUGUAUAAUCUAAAUACGAAUCCCGAGAUGAAUGUUUUGUGGUUGGGGAUUACUGUGGUUGUGUAUCGGCUUGUGGCAUAUGCGGUCGUGAAGGUGGUCAGAAGUCAUGGACUUUGGGAGAAAGCAAGGCAGCUUAUUGCUAGCUGAUAUGAGGUCAACACCUAUUUCAGGGCUUUUCUUUUCCUUUCUCACGGUGACUAACCAGUCCCAACUGUGUAUGUGCGAUAUAUAUAGCAGGACGUAUUUGCGGAAUCA